AGUUUUAUUUCUUCGUUUUCUCCGGGACUCCGUCUCCUCUCUCUCGAAAGUCGAAACCCUUACUUCCCUCUCCGGUCCGAACCAAACAAACACCGGAAACCAUCCUAACUAACUUCCUAAAGAAAACCCUAACGAUUCCAACGGUAAACUCUGAAUGAUUCACCGCAACUCCUGGAUGGAGCGAGAAUCUUUCAUUUGAACCGGGUAGAAGAUCUGAGUUCAGAAGUCAUUGGUAUUUUACGCGCGCUAAUGGGUGCUGCGGGCUCCAAGCUCGAGAAGGCUCUCGGCGACCAGUUCCCCGAAGGUGAGCGCUACUUCGGCCUCGAGAAUUUCGGCAACACUUGCUAUUGUAACAGCGUCUUGCAGGCACUUUAUUUUUGCGUCCCAUUUCGCGAGCAACUGCUAGAGUAUUAUGCAAAUAACAAAAACUUUGGGGAUGCAGAAGAAAAUCUGUUAACAUGCUUAGCAGACCUAUUUACGCAGAUAACUUCGCAGAAGAAGAAAACAGGUGUCAUUGCUCCAAAGCGUUUUGUUCAGAGACUGAAGAAACAAAAUGAGCUUUUCCGUAGCUACAUGCACCAGGAUGCCCAUGAAUUUCUGAAUUUUUUGCUGAAUGAGCUGGUCGACAUAUUGGAGAAAGAGGCCCAAACUGCAAAAAGUGAUCUGGAAACAUCGUCACCUUCUGAUAAAGCUGCAAAUGGGCCAAAAAGUGUUCAGGCUAAUGGUCCUCAAAAAGAUCCUUUAGUUACCUGGGUGCACAAAAAUUUUCAGGGAAUACUCACCAAUGAAACAAGGUGUCUGAGAUGUGAGACAGUGACAGCAAGGGAUGAAACAUUCUUUGACUUGAGCCUUGAUAUUGAACAGAAUAGUUCAAUUACAAGCUGUUUGAAAAACUUCAGCUCAACAGAGACAUUGAAUGCAGAGGACAAAUUUUUUUGUGACAAAUGCUGUAGUUUGCAAGAAGCACAGAAGAGGAUGAAGAUAAAGAAGCCACCUCACAUAUUAGUCAUCCAUCUGAAGCGUUUUAAAUACAUUGAGCAGCUGGGUCGCUACAAGAAGCUGUCUUACCGGGUUGUCUUCCCACUCGAGCUGAAGCUGAGCAACACAAUGGAAGAUGCAGAUUCUGAGUAUUCCCUCUUUGCAGUAGUUGUCCAUGUUGGAAGUGGGCCCAACCAUGGGCACUAUGUCAGCCUUGUGAAAAGCCAUAACCAUUGGUUAUUUUUUGAUGAUGAAAAUGUGGAGAUGAUUGAUGAGUCUGUUGUGCAGACAUUCUUCGGGUCAGCACAGGAAUAUUCAAGUAACACGGAUCAUGGGUACAUUUUAUUCUAUGAGAGUCUGGGAAAUGGUAACAAGAGUUAAGUAGAGGGGCGUUGAAUUUACCAAAGGUUAGAUAUUUUAAUUAUUUGGACUCAUUUUUCUACUGUUUUGUUCUGUUUUUUUUUUUUCCUGUUCCCCGCUUUUUCAUCCUAUGGGAAGGAGAUGUCCAAUAUCAAUGAGAUGUUAUGAGUUAUGAAAAAAAUAUAUACUUAGGUGGUUGCCGUGUACAGUGGAUGGUGGAAGCACACUGUCCUUUUGGUUUUCACAAUAAGAAGAAAAGAGCAGUGUAUAUGAUUGUGAGAGAACUUGACAGAGAAAAGUUUGUAUUCUUCAUGAUUGAGAUCGCGUUUAAUCAUCAUCACAGAAAUGCCAUGCGAUUGGAACUGCUCGCAACUGUUAUAUAA